AGCUUCUUCGGGCCGCUGAAACACAAGCCUCAUUUCUUUCGCUCCCUCUGGCACGAAUGAGGCUGGUAGGAGGCCCUCAAGUAAAAAUUGCUUCGAAAUCCUUUAGUGCUCCUUCUUCAGGAAAACCUGUGGCCUCAGGAUCACGGCUGCUUUUGCGCUGGCUGCCGGCUGGACAGCCUUCUGAUGGGCGUUAAGCUUCGGCGUGGCCAUGGACCUUGUUUUCCUCAGAUGACAGAAUUACGUCAAGUUCCCCUCUGCUAUUGCUUCCUUUCCUCACAGGUAGCUGUACCCUGUUUUCUUUAAUAACCUCUUCCUUCCAGAGUCGCCUGCCAUGCCGACAGUCAUUAGUCCAUCCGUGGCCACACGGACGAGGGCCGAGCCCAGGUCCCCAGGGCCAGUGCCCCAUCCAGCCCAGGGCAAGACCACCGAGGCGGGGGGCGGACAUCCAAGUGGCAUCUAUUCAGCCAUCAUCAGCCGCAAUUUUCCUAUCAUCGGCGUGAAAGAGAAGACAUUUGAACAGCUUCACAAGAAAUGUCUAGAAAAGAAGGUUCUUUAUGUGGAUCCUGAGUUCCCACCAGAUGAGACGUCUCUCUUUUAUAGCCAGAAGUUCCCCAUCCAGUUUGUGUGGAAGAGACCUCCGGAAAUUUGUGAGAACCCCCGAUUUAUCAUUGGUGGAGCCAAUAGAACUGACAUCUGUCAAGGAGAUCUAGGGGACUGCUGGUUCCUUGCAGCCAUUGCCUGCCUGACCUUGAAUGAGCACCUGCUCUUCCGAGUUAUACCCCAUGACCAAAGCUUCACUGAGAACUACGCAGGAAUCUUCCACUUCCAGUUCUGGCGCUAUGGAGACUGGGUGGACGUGGUUAUUGAUGACUGUCUGCCAACCUACAACAACCAACUGGUUUUCACCAAAUCUAACCACCGCAAUGAGUUCUGGAGUGCUCUGCUGGAAAAGGCCUAUGCUAAGCUCCAUGGUUCCUAUGAAGCCCUGAAAGGCGGGAAUACCACAGAGGCCAUGGAGGACUUCACAGGAGGGGUAACAGAGUUUUUUGAGAUCAAGGAGGCUCCCAGAGACAUGUACAAGAUCAUGAGGAAAGCCAUUGAGAGAGGCUCCCUCAUGGGCUGCUCCAUUGAUGAUGGCACGAACAUGACCUAUGGAACCUCUCCUUCUGGUUUGAACAUGGGGGAAUUGAUUGCCCGGAUGGUGAGGAACAUGGAUAACUCACUGCUCAGGGAUUCAGACCUUGACCCCAGAGGCUCAGAGGACAGGCCUUCCCGGACAAUUGUUCCAGUUCAAUAUGAAACAAGAAUGGCCUGCGGGCUGGUCAAAGGUCAUGCCUACUCGGUCACUGGACUAGAGGAGGCCACAUUCAAAGGCGAGAAGGUGAAGCUGGUGCGGCUGCGGAACCCCUGGGGCCAGGUGGAGUGGAAUGGCUCCUGGAGUGAUGGCUGGAAAGACUGGAGCUUCGUGGACAAAGAGGAGAAGGCCCGUCUGCAGCACCAGGUCACUGAGGAUGGAGAGUUCUGGAUGUCCUAUGAUGACUUCACCUACCAUUUCACAAAGCUGGAGAUCUGCAACCUCACAGCCGAUGCCCUGGAGUCUGAUAAGCUUCAGGCCUGGACCGUGUCCGUGAACGAGGGCCGCUGGGUGAGAGGCUGCUCCGCUGGAGGCUGCCGCAACUUCCCAGACACUUUCUGGACCAACCCACAGUACCGGCUGAAGCUCCUGGAGGAAGACGACGACCCCGACGACUCCGAGGUGAUCUGCAGCUUCCUGGUGGCCCUGAUGCAGAAGAACCGCCGCAAGGACCGGAAGCUGGGGGCCAACCUCUUCACCAUCGGCUUUGCCAUCUACGAGGUUCCCAAAGAGAUGCACGGGAACAAGCAGCACCUGCAGAAGGACUUCUUCCUGUACAAUGCCUCCAAGGCCCGCAGCAAAACCUACAUCAACAUGCGGGAGGUGUCCCAGCGCUUCCGCCUGCCCCCCAGCGAGUACGUCAUCGUGCCCUCCACCUACGAGCCCCACCAGGAGGGGGAGUUCAUCCUCCGCGUCUUCUCCGAGAAGAGGAACCUCUCCGAGGAAGUUGAAAACACCAUCUCUGUGGACCGGCCGGUGAAAAAGAAAAAAACUAAGCCCAUCAUCUUCGUUUCAGACCGAGCAAACAGCAACAAGGAGCUGGGUGUGGACCAGGUGUCAGAGGAGGGCAAAGACAAAGCAGGCCCCGAUAAGCAGGAGACCCCCCCACAGCCGCGGCCCAGCAACCCCGACCAGGAGAGUGAGGAGCAGCAGCAGUUCCUCAACAUCUUCAAACAGAUCGCGGGCGACGACAUGGAGAUCUGUGCAGAUGAGCUCAAGAACGUCCUUAACACAGUUGUGAACAAACACAAGGAGCUGAAGACGCAGGGGUUCACGCUGGAGUCCUGCCGCAGCAUGAUCGCCCUCAUGGACACGGACGGCUCAGGGAGGCUGAACCUGCAGGAGUUCCACCACCUCUGGAAGAAGAUCAAGGCCUGGCAGAAAAUCUUCAAACGCUAUGACACAGACCAUUCGGGCACCAUCAACAGCUACGAGAUGCGGAACGCGGUCAACGAUGCAGGGUUCCACCUCAACAGCCAGCUCUACGACAUCAUCACCAUGCGCUACGCAGACAAACACAUGAACAUUGACUUUGACAGCUUCAUCUGCUGCUUCGUCCGGCUGGAGGGCAUGUUCCGAGCUUUUAAUGCGUUUGACAAGGAUGGAGAUGGGAUCAUCAAGCUCAAUGUUCUCGAGUGGCUGCAGCUCACCAUGUACGCCUGAACCAGGCGGGCCGUGUCCAAGGCCAGGCAGCAUCGCUCCGGACUUCCACUUUAUCCGGUACAGCUAGAGCCGUUUACCCCCAAGGACUCAGCCACCACAGGCCUCCCGCUGCGUCCCACUUCCCUUCAUCCUGAAGCCAACACUCCCCCAUAGCUUGUGCGAGGCAGACGGCAGAGCUGCCGCGAGUCCCGUCACCUGCGUGCUCUCUCACUCACGGGGCAAUGGCCAAACUUGCACUUGCUUCUGGCUGUUUUAGGGUGGGCCUGGCUUGGGGUGCACGGAUCUGGUGGAACAGGGUUGGACACGUUGGGUUGUCUGACUCCCAAGUUUAGCUGCAUUCAGAGAAAAGUUGAUCUAAAUAAAGGCAUGUGUACAGCUGGU